CUACCUUUCCCUCCCCUCCCACCCCCAGAGUGCCCGGGGGAGUCCCACACAGGCGGCAGCUCCAACAACCAGUCCAAGGCGGAACUACAUCAUGGACAGCCGCAAGCAGGCUACCACGGGAGGUCUGGACAUGGGACUAGCAACCCCAGCUGCGCAGACCUCAUCCCUGGCAUGAGGGAGACCUGAAAGCCUGGCCUGGGAAAAAGGACUCCCAUGAGCCCAGUACUGGUGCUGGACUUCAGAUGAAACGUCCAAAGUAAGCUGGUACACAGGAGGCAGUAGCUGGAUGAAGGCCGGGUGAUUCACAGGGGUCCGCUGAUGUACAUAGGCUGUGUGGAUCCGUUACUGAGAGGUGACUCCCUGCUACAGCAGACAAGGUGGCCGGAACGAUCCCAUGGCUGCAUCGGCGGCGACAGAGGGCAGCGUGCUCGCCCCUAUCCGGAGCGCCUUCCUGCAGCAUAGCCGGGCAGAGGAGGUGCGUAGAGACAGCCAGCUCCUGAUGCAGCCCUAUGCCAACUGGGAGGAGUUCCUGGUGCCCGCGCCCACCGCCGUGGCCAUCCUGGGUGAAUUGAUCGCGCUGUCCUCGGCCAGUGACUUCCCGCUCAACCGGCACAACCCGGAACGCCAGUACCAGCACCUCCGCUACCCGGAGUCGUUCCGUGCCUGCCUGGCACAGCUCAGCAACCAGGGCUGGAAGACCUUCAAUCUGGCCCACAAGAACAUGGACCAGAUCCGGCUGCACUCCCAGAGCGUGCCCGAGCACACGCGGGCCGCACUGCACACCCUCCUGCGAGGGGACGGGGCCGCCCUGGCCCGUCUCCUGCCCCGGCAGCUGGGCAGCAUCCGUGCUGUGGCGGGCGAGUGCCGCACGCUGGCUCACGAGGUGGAAGGGGCCUUCCUGUCCGUCACUGACCUCAUCCACGAGCUUCUGGAGGCCUGCACCAGUGCCCGGGGGGCGUACGAGGCGGAGGUGGAGGAGGCGAGACGGGUGCUAGAAGGGGCGCAGCAGCGGAGGGAGACACUGGAGGGGGAGAGGAGGUGGGCGGAGGAAUACCUCACCCGAAUGACCCGGGAGGUGGAGGAGGCGGAGUACAGUUAUCGCAGCGCGGUAGAUCGGGCGCCCAGCGAGUGGGGGGUCCUGGGGAUGAUGGCGGUGGAGAACUCCAUCAGUGUGGUCAGCAACCUGGUGUCGGGCUUCCUGUCUACGGUGACUGCCGACCCCGUCAGCCUCUCCACCACCGUGGUCGAGACCCUGGCCAACGUGGGCAACGCCAUCGCGGAGAAGGUGCGGAAUAAGGAGGGGGACGCACCACAACCCCCGCCGCAGCCCCAGCCCCCCGUUAGUAGUCGCCUCCUCUCCAGUUCCACCGAGCUAAUGGUGGCCUCCAUGAAGCUGCGGGAGCUGCUGUCCCCCGAGGCCCAAUUGGGCCCCGACUCCCUGCGGGAGCCCGACACCGGCCAGGCAUCCCGCCGCAUCUUCCAGAGGGUGGAGGCCGAGCUGUCCCGGGAGGAAAUGGAAGAGGGGGAGCAUGAGGACGGCCAGGAGGAAGGUGGGCCCAGACAGGCUGCCCUCGCCCUUUGCCACCGGGGCAUCGGAGUCUGCCAGCAGCUAGAGGAGCUGUGUGGGAGCCCAAAGCCCAGCGAGGAGCAGCUGGCCAGAGCAGCGGCUGCCAUUGGCCACCUCUACAGCAAGGUGCUGAAGUUCAGCGCGGGCUGCCUGGCCGCCGGAUCUCCGGUGCUCACUCCCAGCGCGCCCAACCUGUCGCGGUUGGUGCAGUCCACUGAUCCUGAGGACAAGACCAUGGUGCAGACGCUGGUGACCCAGGCACGGCUGAGGGUGGAGAACGCCCGGACACAGCUGGAGAGUACCCGCAGCGAGUACGAGAGGAGCUUCGAGAGUCUGAAGCAGAGCAACCGGGAGCUGGACCAAGUGGUGGAGCGGAUGAGGCGGUGCCAGGUGGCGGAGGUGGACUUUGGCACCACGCUGAAGAUGCUGGCCCAGGGCCUGGAGGCUUUGUCCAGGGUGAGGGAGCAGUGGACCAAGAUGAUUCACUUCUUCGAGAUGGUCUCCAACUUGAUCCGGGUGUGCCUGGACAAGUCACUGCAGAUGUUUGCCGCCCAGAGUGAAGACGUGCAGGAACUGCAGAACUACAGCCAACAGCAGCUAGUCCGAGACCUGGUCUAUGCACAGGCCUUCCAGGCAUCCAACAUCUCCUGCCUGGUCCACAUGAUCUCCAGCACCUACGUGGAUGUGUCGAGCUGCUUUCUGAUGGAGCGGAUCACUCAGCUGGGCCGCCUCAUCACGCUGGACCCUGAGGAUCCGCGGUUCGUGCCUGAGCGCCAGAAGCUGCAGCAGGGCUGCGAUGAUGCCCGCAGGAUGAUCAUGGAGCGAGUGCUAAGCAGCCGGCAGGAAUUCGAGCAGCGGGUGCAGCAGCGCAUUGAGGCCAUUGAGAAGGGCCUGAGGGCCUCUCUGCCCCCGGCCUCGCCUCAGGAGCAACAGGCCAUCGAGAGCUCCCUCGCGCAGCCUGCCCACUCCAUCUUCCAGGAGAUCUCCCAGGAGGAGGAGGACCAGUGGGCCUGAGGAUCAGGAGGUGGCGAGGGUGGGCAUUUUAUUUCAUUGUAACUUAAGAGAUUUAGUGCAGAGUAGGCUCUUCCAGUCCUUCGAGCCUUGUCACCUAGCAACCCGACAACCCUGAUUUAACCCCAACCUAAUCACCGGACAAUUUACAAUGACCAGUUUACCUACUAGCCAAUACGUCUUGGAUUGUCAGAAAACCCAUGCAUUCCAUUGGGAGGACAGAGUAGGUCUGGACUGAGCUCUGAACUCUGACAGCCCAGCUGGAACAGUCUUGUGUUAACUGCUAUGCUACAGUGAGCCUGUCUUCCUCUUUCCCAGCCCAGUGACGGACAUGGGACACGCUGGACCCUCUGUGAAACUUGAGCUUCUGAAUCAGAUUUUAUCACUGAUCUGUUUUGUGGGAAUUGUUCAGUGGCAAUGCAAUACUGAAAAAUUACUAUGUUAUAAGAUCAAUAAAUACUGCAAAUAUCUUAAA